GGAAGCGCGGUCGGCUGGCCUAGCGCAACAGGCGGCGCUGGGGGCCCGGCGGGAGCCGCGGCGGGGCUCGGGAUGGACAAGCUGAAGAAGGUGCUGAGCGGGCAGGACACCGAGGACCGGAGCGGCCUGUCCGAGGUUGUUGAAGCAUCAUCGCUAAGCUGGGGUACCAGGAUAAAAGGCUUCAUUGCAUGCUUUGCCAUAGGAAUUCUCUGCUCUCUGUUGGGAACUCUUCUGCUGUGGGUGCCGAGGAAGGGACUCUACCUCUUCGCGGUGUUCUACACCUUGGGGAACAUUGCAUCAAUUGGGAGCACCAUCUUCCUCAUGGGGCCCAUGAAGCAGCUGAAGCGCAUGUUUGAGCCCACACGUCUGAUUGCCACGGUCCUGGUGCUGUUGUGCUUUACACUUACCUUGUGUUCUGCCUUUUGGUGGCAUAACAAGGGACUUGCGCUCAUCUUCUGUAUUUUGCAGUCUUUGGCCUUGACGUGGUAUAGCCUUUCCUUCAUUCCAUUUGCAAGGGAUGCUGUGAAGAAGUGUUUCACUGUGUGUCUUGCCUAGUACACCGACAGUUUUCUAAAGCUGUGAAGGCACCGUGACCAGAAGCUGGCGGUCAGCUUUGUAAAUACCCUCUCAGCCUUGUACAGCCUGUGCCUUCUCUCUCACACUAGUGUGCUGCAACUUGAGCAUUUAACGGUUGCCUUUCAAGCAACAGUAGGUUCCCAAACCCAGUGUCUCUGAUGCCCUAUGAGAGGGGGGUUCUGUGUCUUACAGAAUGGAAUGUUCUUCUCAUGGCUGUUUUCUCUUGGGAUGCUAUCCCACUGAAUUCUCAGAAAUAAAACUUGCUCAACAGCCAGAGCCAGUGGCUCCCAGGUGGACAUAGGCACUUCCAUCGGAGAUUACAGGGGUGCAGCAGUAAGGGACAGAAUUUUGGAGUCAACAUGGACUUUGUGUAAUUGUCCAUCAGUGUGGAGGCCACUGCCACCUCCACCGAGCCUGGACAUGCUGCUGCCCUGGUGUCCAAGAUUGAGGGAUUCUGCCCACCUCAGGCUGGGAGCAGCCUAGCCGAGGGGUGCAGUAGAAAAUAACAGUUCUGGUUGAUUCGUGUUCUUUUCCAGUGUGGACCUGUGGUCUCCUGCAGUUGGGAAGCACACCUGACUGUGGAAUGUGUUGUCUGGUGUUGAGCAUAGCGACUUUUUCUCUUGUCCUGGGUCCCACCCAUGCAUGCUCAUCUUUAUGACCUCCUGUCUCUAGACUGAAAGAGAACAAAGCUGCACAAAACACUACUUCCUUUUGGACAGGAGCUGAAAGGAGGUGAAAAAUCUUGCUGCUCCCUCUUGUACCCUUUUCUCUUCGUUAUUUAUAAACGUUUGCUUUCAAAUCGUAUUUUCCAAUCUCCCCUGGACUCAGGCCAGGGGAGAGUGGGUAGGAUGACAGAUCUCUGGUGUGGGCCAGCAGGAAGUGGCCACUCUUGCCUUUGACCUCUGAAUAGUCUCAGCAUUUGACCCCAGGCUGUGAGGACAUUCAUCCGCAGGAGGUCACUUUGUAGCCUUAUGCCUGGCCUCAUACACAGUGCUUUUCCAUCCCCAGCCUUACCUGGUUGUCACAAGGCUCUUCCUCUUGGAAUAGCCAACCUUGGAAGCCAAGACUUAGGAAGCAAGGGUUGUCACCUUGCUGUGCUUUCAGGGACACUAAAGCCUGAGUUUGUCUCCAUAUCCACCAAAGCCACAGCUGUGGACAAGUUGAGCCCACAGUCAGGGCCUGCAGCUUAGCCUUCUUAUGACUGUAUUUUGGCACAUUUCUGAUUGUCCCUGGGUAACCUUGUGGAACUCUUUUUCUUGUUGCUCUCAGCCUAGUUUGUGUCUUCUCUGGUUCCUGUCUUUACGUUCGCUUGUGCCGUCUCCUACGUGCUCUUGCCUCCAUCUCCUUUUUUGGUAGCUGCCUCCUGGUCUUGUAGAGGGUUCAUUAUUCCUUGUGUUCCCUUUUAGCUGUACCACUGCAAAUGGCACAUGAGAACAUCUUCCAGCUACAUGGAACCACUGGUGAAUAUGCUCCUUGCCCUGGGCCUUGCAUCUGAGCUUGGCCUUGGGAAGGUCACUUCUCCACACCUGCAGCCUCUCCCCUUUCACCAAGCUCGGAGCUACCUUGCUGGCUCCCAGCCAGGUUAGGAGCUAACUCACUGCCUCCUCUCUGCUUCACUAGCUGGAAGGCCCCUCCCUUUGCAGAAUGAGCUUAGGGGGAGCCUUCGGUUCUCCUGCGCCUCUCUGUGGUCACCUCAGACCAGCUCAAGGUGUCUCGUUUUUGCGAAGAGUGACACCUGGCCCCCCAGUUUAGCGUUUUCCUGGUGUGCUGAUCUCAGUGCUGGAACAUCUGACCGUCACCCUUGAGUGGUGACUUGCGUUAUAUCGGUCUGACUGCCACUUCCCUGCCACCUAAUCACUGUGUGCUGAGAGAAAGAAAAGAAGUGCAUUCCUAAUAAAAUUAUUUUUGAUAUGUCCUUAGAAUGAUUAAUAAGUGAAGCACACCUCUCAAAAGUGUAGAAAAUCUGGCUUCUGCUUCUGUAGCUUAAGUGACAAGACGUGGUGACCUGGGAAAUUGAAACACAGCUCUGUGUCUGGACUUGAUGUCCCAUGGCAGGGGGUGCAGGCCUUGCUUAUCUUCUCUUUUGUCAGAUAACUUCCUUCUGUCUGGACUCCACUGCAGAAUUAUGAAUACUAUAAAAUUCACAGCCUAGCUUAAAGUGUCUAGAAACUUAAAAAGUAAUCAGUGUUUAAAGGUACAUUAAGCAAUAUGCUAGGAUUUUUGGCACACUUUUUAAUAUUUAAAUAUCUAGGAUGUUUUUGGUACAUAACUUGCAGUAGUUUACAGAUAGCAUUUAGAAAACAUGAAUAGACAGACCUUCAGUGGAAAUUAAAUACAGAUUAUAUCUGUAAUUCCUAAUCUCAAAAAACCCCACUAAAAAUCUAAAUUUUGUGGAAAUUUGUCUUAAAAUUAAGAGGUGGUCUUAAAGUAUCUCCAGACUCCCACUUCCAUGAAGUUCUGAGACCUCGUGUGUUUUUAAUCUAGUGAUUAAGUGAGUGGUGGAAUUCAUUUGAUCCCAGGUUAGCCAUGACAGGGUUUUUGGUUGCACUUUGGUCUCUCCAGUUCUACCCAGCUGUGUAGGUGCUGCCCAGCACCUGAUACUCCGGCUUUGCUCUUGCUGCUCAGGUUUCCGCUGCUGUGGGGCGAAUGGGGGGUAGCAGAGGCUUUGUUCAUGCAGAUUGACAGAAUCAAAUCACAUCCUUUCCAGCCAGAAUUGGAAAGUGACACUAGGCUUAGAAAUGUACCAAAUGAUUUUCUAGCAACAGUUUUUGGCUUUGGUGCUGGAGAUUGAACUCAGGGCCUCAUGCAUGCUAGGCAAGCGCUCAGCCACUGCACCUCACCCCGCGCCCUGAAAAUGGUUUGCUGUAAAUAAGCGAUCGGAAACCAGGAAAGGAGUUCAGUGGAUGGGAAUAACUUUGCUAUUGGAAGUCGAAGUUCAUUCCACAGCAUUGUAACAAGCAAUAAUGAUGUAUAUAGUCACAAUAAAGUAAUGCAGCUAUAUUAGUAAACAGCCACCAAAAGACAAAUCAACAAGAAAAGGACACACUGUCUUUGAUCUAAGUAGGCUGGCAGCCUGGACAUGACCUUGUGAAGCAUUCUCUGAGAUCAAAGGGAGGUUGGAAUCUGGGUCAGCGCCGAGCUUGCUGGAGGUCGCCGCUACACGUGGAAGUGAGCCUGGGUUAAGUGCAAGUGAACUUUAGUGUUUGAGUAGUGUCCUAAAGGAGAGCUGUAAAUUACAUUCAGCUUUGUGGUCUCUCUUAUGAAAAGUGUUCAUUUUAUCCUUUGCCCUUAAUAUAUUGCUUGAUUUAACAAACUAA